AGCCUCUCGUUCCUUAUCCAUUAUCUCCCGUGCCUUUUCCCACCUCACUCGAUCAUUUCCCUCCAAAUUUUCAUGGCUCUGAAACUGAUAGCCACCCCAUGGGUUUCUUCUCCCUUCCAAACCCUUACUCUCUCCUCCAAAAGCCCAACAAUUUCUUCAAACACUAGAACCCUUCUCAUCCUUCUCCUAAGCCGAUGCAUCUCUGCAACUUCCCCUCUCAAACCCACCUUAAAAAGCUUCAAUGCCAGAGCUUCUUUGAAUGGGGAAAUGGAGGCCCAAGAACCCAUUUCAAGGGCUUCUCUCUCUACUGAAAAUGAACCUAGUUUCCUCGACGAGGACUUGUUAAGAAGGGCUUCCGUAGCGAGAGAUGCUCGUGAAGUUUUGAGUAUGAUUUCAGAAAAAUACCCCAAUGAAGGAGGUGUCAUAGGAGCUUCUGAUUGUUCGCGUAUUAUAGGAAUGGCUCUCAAGCAAAGCAACACAGAGUUAGCGUUUUCUGUUUUCUCAGCAAUGAGAGGGAACUUCACUAAGAAGAAAUUGGGUGAAGUAAAUGAAGAUGAGAAGGAAUUGGGUUCUUCUGUGGAAUGUUGGAAGUGGGCUCCACCAGAUGUGAACACAUAUGCGACUCUUGUUCGAGGACUUGCUGCUUCCUUAUGCGUUUCAGAUGCCAUUCGAACUAUUACUGAUGUCUCUCGGGCUGGGCUUCCUUAUCGUGAGGAGGUUCAUUUUGGGCAGAUUGUUAAAUGUCCAACUUGCACAAUCGCCAUAGCUGUCGCACAGCCUCAACAUGGCAUUCAAAUUGCUUCAUGUUCAAAAUGUCGCUACCAAUACGACCUUGUAUCUGGCCAUAUCGUUAGCAUUGAUUCUGAAGCAAUUAGCACGGAUAUUUCACCAUGGGAUAAAGCGCUGAGGCUCCUUCAGAUAAUCAAGAAGAGUAUUCCUGCUGCUGUUCACUCAAUUGUGGUUCAAACUCCAAGUGGAAUUGCUCAAACACACCGUUUUUCAACUAAAACUGUUGAUCUUCCAGCCCAAGAAGGCCAGAGAGUAACAAUUGCAUCAGCACCUCCAUCAAAUAUUUAUAGGGAGCUAGGUCCUUUCAAGUUAAGGGCGAGAAUUCCUGGGUUUGAUCCUGGGGAGCCCAUAUCUAUAACAAAUCAUACAAGUGGGGUUCAGUCUGAGCUAUUACGAGCCCCUGCAAAAAACAAAGUCUCAUCUUUGCUUGAUCCCCCUAUUCUGUUACUCCCUAUUGCUUUACUUGCUACUGGAGAUGCUGCAUCUGGAAUCUUGGACCCUACUCUCCCCAGAGUCAUUUCGAUUGCCGCUGCGUCAUCUAUCAUCUUAGGGACUACUAUAAACACUAUUAUUUUACCUCGGCUGAAUCAGCUUCCUCAAAGAAGUGCGGAUGCAAUUGCUAUAAGGCAACAAUUGUUAGCUCAGCAUGAUAUGCUUCAGACCCGCAUGAAGGAGCUGAGUCAAGCUGCUGAAAGAGAGGUUUGGAUGUUGGCUCGCAUGUGCCAGUUGGAGAACAAAAUCCUGGCUGUGGGAGAGCCUUCUUAUCGUGCGAGAAGAAGUAGAAUCUUGAAAGUACGCGAAAGCUUGGAGAAUUCCCUCCUAACAAGAAUUGGGUUAAUUGAUAGCUAUGCUAGAAUAUCUUCAAUGAUUGAGAUUGAAGUUGAAAUGAAUUCUGAUGUCCUUGCUGCUGAAGCAGUCAGCAAUGCUGAAAAUAUUGCAGAACAGAUAGAACACAUGAUGGAGUUAGAAAACCUUGAGGAGCGAUGGAGAAUGCAAGCUGAGGCCAAUGAUGAGUUGGAAAAACUUCUAAACUCUCAACCAAUGUCAACAGAGCCUGUAUAAAGGAAAUUUUCCAAUAAAGGACGACUGAAUCAUCAUAACAGUUCAAUUGAAUCUAUGCAACUAAGCAUGGACCAAUGAAAGGAAAAUUGAACCAGAGACUUCUUGACCAUCAUGAAGCCACUUGCAGAUCCAUGGAAAGGAAUAUCAAGUUCAUAUGCUUUUAAACUACUGAAGAAAGGCUGGGGCUUAAGAAUUGUGCAUAAUCAUGUUACUUACCUUCUCUUAAUUUAGCAUCAAAUGAUGAUAAAAUCAUUAUUCUUUUCUUUUUGCCAUUCUUGGGCAUUACAUUUUUUACUGUUGUAUAAAAUACUACUAUGUAAAUUCAAUAAGCAUGUUGCAAAUUGCCAUUGACCACAUGUAAGGCCAUCUGAGUCUUUUUAUUUCC